GUGCACAGACGACAGAAGAAGCCAAGCGUAGCUCUUAAAACAACGUGGCAAAAUAAUCCAGACUACAACUGAAAUCUUCAUGUGGAUGUAUUUAUGAGGAGAAUUUGAGCUUCUUUUUUAAGCCUGUUUGUACGUUAAGCUCUUAGGUAACAUUUUGAGAAGUGGAAAGAGGCAAGGGUUCAUGAGAGGCGAUUGCAACAUGUGGAAGGAUGUGCCAAUGGUGUAGAUGAGAGGAGAUACACGAACGACCUGAAGCGACUCGGCACAUGGCGGUUCACAGUCCAGUUAAUGGCACCACAGCCAUCCCAUGGAGGAGCAGCAGGAGGAGGCUGACCCUGCUGGAGCAGCUGAAGGGGUGCCAGGACGCAUGGUGCCCCCAGGCACCCUGGGACAGAGAGGAGGCCCAUGAGGCUCUUUGUGGAACUCCUGCAGGGAGUUUCCUGGUUGUGCGGGAGUCUGUGACUUCUCAGGCCAGCCUGCUGUGCGUGUCUGCGGGUGGACAGGAUGAAGCAGUUAUUGACUAUACUAUCAAAUGCACAGGAACAGUCUUUCAGCUGUCAGAGUCUCGUCUGUGUUUCACUGACCUCACUCAGCUCAUACUCUUCUACUCUCUGACCAGGGAUGUGCUAUCUCUUUGUCUUUCCAUUCCUCCCUGGAUCUACAGUGUUACUGAGAUAAACAAAGACUUUCUAUCUCAACUAAAACCUGAGACUUGGCUCCACACACGACCUGAGCAAGACCCUGGUGAAAUGUCCAACAGGGAGCCGAGCAACAUGAUGUGCUCCAUACAGCUGACUUCCACAAAUGGGGCCCUGUGUAUCAUCAACCCACUCUACCUUCGUGAGCAUGGAGACGACUGGCUCACCCAGAAGGUACCUUGGUCCUCCCAACCCUCACAAAUCAGAAAGGAGCGACGCCUCAGCACCACCAGGACCUGGGCGGGGUCGGGGCUGAUGAGUAAACGGACUAUCUCACUGGACCAGGAAUCUUCUGCUGCCAGUAUGGAGAGUUUUGGUCUAACCAGAGCCAAGUCAGCUGAUUCACCAGAUGGCCCUCAGACCCCGUCUACACCAUCACCUCCAUCAGGUGUCGUUCUCAGACGGCCCAGCAAAGACUCUGUCUCCAGUCUCUCCUACAGAUCGAGCACAGGGAGCCUCCCUCCAUCCACUCCCUCCACCCCUGGAGGUUCAUGCCGCACAUCACUGGAGCUGCAGCCCCACGGCAGCCCCGUCCCUCAGUCUCCUCACAGAGUGUCCUGGAUUGAAGAUGGAGUCUGGCUGCCUCCACCCAGGCCAUCAUCUUCAUCUUCGCUCCACCUACCAUCAAUGGAGCUCGACUCUCUGUCCAUCAGCAGCAUAGAGGAAGAACAGGAGUCCCAAACACCAAGCCCCACCCCACACCACCAAUCAGCGCACUGGUUGGCUGACAAGGUCAUACAUCGCCUCUCAGCAGUGGGUCAGGCUCUCGGCGGGCUGGUGAGUCAGAAGAAACGUCUGACCAAUCGUGUGCAGGAGCUGAGUGAGCGGAGAGGUGCUGUGUUUGCAGAAGCUGUCAAAGGAUUUGUGGAGACAACACUGAAGAGAGGGGCUGAUCCCACUGGAGUCAUGGGGUCAGAGUUCUUACAGGAAGUGAGGUCAUCGCUCACAUCACUUAGGGAGACACUGUUAGACUAUGCAGAAAUCCAAACAUUACUGGACAGCAUGACUGACCUGAAUGACUCUGAGAUGGACUCUUUGGUGGAGCUCUCCAUCCACAAGGUGGCCCUGAGGCCUGUCUCUGCUCACCUCUACACCUGUAUUCAUGCUUCCCGGACCAAUGAUGGAAGUUUGGAGCAUCUCCAGAGCAACCUCCGUGUGCUGGAGAAGAAAGGGAUGGAGGAGCUUGGAGGAUCAGAGGCCGUCGGAGUUCCUGACUCUGUCAGCCUUGAGCGGAUCCAGCAGAGGUGGACGAGCAUGCAUGAGGCCUACUCUCCAAACAAGAAGGUCCAGAUCCUGCUCAAAGUCUGCAAAAGCAUCUAUCACAGCAUGAGUGCUAACUCUAACUCAGGUAAAGUGUUUGGAGCUGAUGAUUUCCUCCCCUGUCUGACGUGGGUGCUGCUCCGUAGCGACUUGAACACCCUGCAGAUAGACACAGACUACAUGAUGGAGCUGCUGGACCCCACACAGCUGCAGGGAGAAGGUGGCUACUACCUGACGACCCUGUACGCCUCACUGUUCUACAUCAGCAGCUUCCAGCCACGACUGGCUGCCCGUCAGCUCAGUGUGGAAGCUCAAAAAUCUCUGAACCAAUGGCAUCGCAGGCGCACCCUGCACUGUAACCAAUCACGCCGCAGCAAGAACCGACGGACCAUUCGCAGAACGCCAUGUCGGGACAGGUCCAGGCCGAACUCAGACACAGAAACAAGGAAUAAGGAGGAAAGCAGGGAAAUAGAUGAGUCUGUUGAUAAAGACGAGUCACAGCAGCAGACUGAAAGCUCCACAGAGGCUCUGCUGUCACUGGAGGAAGAGAAAAACCGAGGGCAGGAAACAGAGAGAGAAUCACAGGACAGCCCUUCAGCAUCAGACUGUAGUCAGGGCAAACAGGAGGGCGGACAGACUCUUUGUGCAGAAGAAGAUCACAAAGGAUUGUAACACAGAAAAUAAAAUGAACCUGAGAUGCAGUGACAUCCUGUCACGUUUUUGAGAAGCUUACAUGACCAAAGAUAUUUCUUACUGUGUCAAACCACCUGUGGACUGCAGCAAAAACCACUGAUGUCUUAUUUUCAAACAGGCUUUCCACUUCUUUAGAGGCCAAAGAAAAGGAGUCUUUUUUGCUAACACUUAAUGAAAAGAAGGAAAGCUGUUUGUCUGUUUGUGACUGAUGCCCGUAUAUCUGCCAACAUACGAACAAUGCUUCCAAGUGUCCAACGCAGGAAAGAGCACUUUGUUAUGGAUGGAUAGAAAUGACCUGUAGUGGGAUAGGGAGAAGUGGAUAAUGUCUGUUUUCAGGGCAUUACUGAGACAAAAACAGGAUUAAUAUUGCUUGUCAAGAAAAAAGGGAAGUUGGGGUGCCAGAAACACAGUUGGAUGAAGAAAUAUCUUAUUAAAAGAUGCAUAUAUAGCACAAGCUAAGCUAAGCCAUUCAAAUGUUGUAUGUUAACUAACAUGUUUUAACUGAUCAUCUCACUUUUCAUAUAAAUGUAUAAAUAGCACUUCAUAUCAACUGAUAAAUUAUGUUAUAUUUCAUAUUAAAGUGAUUAAACC